AGGCGGAGGCAAAAAGGGAGCGGUGGUUCGGCGGUCACACCGUCUUCCGCUUCCGUCAUUUCCGGGUGUGACCGCCGCUUCUGUCCGGCGUGGCGCUGGACGCGUAAGGUACCCCCUUACUGCCUCUGACCGUUUGCACAACUGCCCCUUUCCUGUUCCCAGCGGGAAGGACAUGAGUGUUCCUGGGCCGACGUCCCCGGACGGGGUCCUGGCAGGGCCACCCCACGGCCUGGGGCCCGGGGAGCCGACGCCGGGUGUAAGUGACACUUCUCCAGAUGAAGGGUUACUAGAGGACUUGACUGUAGAAGACAAAGCUGUGGAGCAGCUGGCAGAAGGAUUGCUUUCUCAUUACCUGCCAGACCUGCAGCGGUCGAAACAAGCUCUUCAGGAACUCACACAGAACCAAGUUGUAUUACUAGACACACUGGAACAGGAGAUUUCAAAAUUUAAAGAAUGUCAUUCUAUGUUGGAUAUUAAUGCUUUGUUCACGGAAGCUAAACACUAUCAUGCUAAGUUGGUGAAUAUAAGAAAAGAGAUGUUGAUGCUUCAUGAAAAGACAUCGAAGUUAAAAAAAAGAGCACUUAAACUGCAGCAGAAGAGGCAAAAAGAAGAGUUGGAAAGGGAGCAGCAACGUGAGAAGGAACUUGAACGAGAAAAGCAGUUAACUGCCAAACCAGCAAAGAGGACCUGAGAAGCGGAGCGGGUCUGUUCUUCCUCCCCCGCCCCCAUUGCUGGCUCAUGGGGCGGUGAAGGCAGUGCCUUACACCAUCGGCUCCGCUCGGCUCGGCUCGGCUCGGCUUGGCUCGUGUUGUGCAGGCCUUGGCCCAGCAGUGCUGUCUCCGCAUCUUCAUUUCCGCCAUCAAGAAGCUUUUUUUCCCAAGUAGAAGACAUAAUGUCACUCAGUUUGAAUCUUUGAAUGUGGUUUUUCAACUUCUGUUUUGCAUCAUUUUUAAAUUUGUUAAUUUGGCUUUGCGUCAUUUAUCAACUGGAAAAUGGUUUGUUGUUUUAAUAGUCUAGACUGUAAGUGAUUAAAAACUACUAUGAAGUCUUUAGCUUCUUGAGAAGUGUGGAUUGAAAAGAUUCCACUUUUUUUUUAUGGAAUGACCUGCCUUUCUGGCAGCACAGUGCUGGUUUUUGGUAGUUGCUUUUUCAUUGCUUGGUUUAGAAGAAAUGCCAACUGUCUAAUCACAUAUGCCCAUAGAGAAGAGGAGGUGUAAGCCUUUGUGAAGAACAUGACGGAGAAAUGCGUCACAGGAAAUAAGAGCAUCUUAGACAUCGGACAGGUGGGCAAGAUUCCAGAUAGAUUCCGCUAACUAUACCCGGUCGGCUUCCUAGCAUUGUUGCUCUGUAGUUCUUACGUAUUCUCUGCAUUCAGAGUAGGUUAUCUGUGCUCCUAAAGUGGGUUUGGCAGGGGUGGUGGAGCUGUCACACACGCAAAUAUGCGUAAGUAUUUAGGAUACUUAGUAAGAGUCAUCACACACUGAAAUACAGUUCCCAAAUCAAUAAGAUAGGAGUCCAACUUUCCAAAUGGAGGUUCUCACUGCUAGCUCUGUCUAUCCACUGAUUUGCUGUGUGGCCUUACAUUUGGCUACUUUUUCUGUGCUUUAAUAAAAAUUCUUAAAGUAGAAUGAUAUCUAUACCCACUACCCAUGUUAUAGAUAAUGACAAGAAUGAUGGAAAAUCAGCAAAUAGCUUCUUCACAAAAGAGGCAGCAUGAUACCUUUACUGUUUUCUAGAUUUUUACCUUCAGUAUUUUUGGUAGGAACUUAUAUGUGGGAAAUAUUAGGAAAUUUCAUUUUCUAAAACUGAAAAUAUAUUAUUAAUUGUUUUAGUAUUGUUUAAGAUCCAACUGGUCUCCAAUAUGUAUUACACAGAAACUGUACAGAACCUAUGAAGGUGUAUGCUUAGAAUGUGUAUCUUUUAUAGUCUCUAUUACAUUUUUGGUAAGCUGGAAUCACUACCUCUGAUCUCAUAGUGGCUAAUUAAUGAUGGAGAGGGCAUUAGAUUUAAGCUAAUUGCUAAAGUAGCAGGAAGACUGGUCUGUUUGAAGGUUUACACAUUUGUUGGAAAGCUGUUCUUUUCUUUAAUGAAUGAAUUAUGAUCUCACAAUUUACUUGAUUUUGACCUUAUAUUAAGUAUAGAAAUAUACUUUGUUUCAAAAGCUACACUUGCCCUUCCACGCUGGCUACAACUGCCGAGGGCAGGAUUCAUUAGCACCUGCAGGACAGUGUCACCUAAAUUGCUGAAUGAACUCCUGUGAAGGCUGUGCAUGGUCUCUCAGAGUGUUCUGUGGGCCAGCUGCAUUGAUUAUUUGUGAUGCUGGUUCCUGGACACAACUCUCAAUCUGCUGGAGCAAAUCUGUUUCUUUGUUUUGUCUGUCUUUCUUUUUUUUGUUUCCCCAUAUGAUUCUGAUGUACCUUAAAAGUUGAGACCCACUGGUCUAGUGGCCUAGGUCAGAGGUUCCCACACUAGGCUAUAUGCCACUCUGACCUGGGAACUUAAACAAAGCAGACAUUCUGGAAGAUUCUUACUCAUUAGUUCUGAGGUGCAGCCCAGUCACAUUUUAAAGGGCUCCCCACGUAAUUCUGAUGCAGGGAACCACUGCUCUAGACUGUCUAGUGAUUUAUAUUUAUAAGGAAUGAAAUAGCUUAAAAGCUAUCCAAUAACUCUUGGGAUUAAUCUUACAAAAUACAUUCUGAACUGCUUUUGAUAGAAAGUCAGAUUUAAGACUGAAAUAGAUAGCAGGCAGGAAAUAGAUAUAGAAUUCUGGUUAAUUAAUUGAAUUUUCAUGACCCGUAUUAAAAUAAAUCAUGUUUAUUGAAUGAGUGACAAGGCACAUAUACUUUUAGAAUUGUAUCUAAGAUUUGAAGAUUUCUAAAAAUGUCAAGGAUAUAUAUUAGCAACCAAUAUUUUUAGGUCAGUUGUAAAUCAGAAGUACUGUUAAUGUUGAUAAUUACAAUCUAAAACUUGAGCUGUAUUUCAGUAGCAUAGAAACAUAUCUUACUGACUAAACCUAAAUGGAAUCUUUCUAAUAGUUUUGCUGUAUUUUUGCACAGUAUAAUGAAUUAGUACUUGGGUUAGUUUUUUUGGUUGAAAAAAAAAUUGCCUUUGUUUUGAACUAUAUCACAUAUGUGCUGAACUAAAAUGAUGAGAGUUAAUUUUAUAUUUACUUUGCAGUAGGUAUUAUGUGAAGAUGCAGACAUUGAAUGUAAUACGGAUUUUGUCUGCAGUGAGUUUUUGGGUGGAUACAAUUUAUAAAUAUGCCAGUUAUACACCCUUGUACAUUUGUCUGAUUCUGAACUUGUACAAUGAGGAUUACUUUUUACACAUUAAAAAAAAAGGUCUCUGAA